AUGGGGCCGCGCGCUUCCUGGGUGUCGGGUGACAGGUCUGCCGGGGAAGGCCCGGCCCGGCCACCUGAGGAGGAGCCGCCUCCGUGCGGCUGGCGGGGUGGGUUGAGGGGGACUGGGACCCGAAAUAGAAAGAAGACGGUUCACCCGCGGCCUGCGAUCGAACAGGAGCAAAGAGGACAGAGAGCUCAGGAGCAGAGGCUCAAGGAUCUACGGACGCAGGGCACGCCCGGCCCGGACUCAGAGACGCCGGGUCCCCCGCCUGCUCCCUACCCGGCUAGGUCUGGCCCCGAGAGGUCCCGAAGCCCAUCUUCUGUCCCCGACUCCUACCUCGGGGCUGAGAUGCAGCUAACCGCGGUGCGCCCCGACGCCCGGCCACCUUCGAGCCUGGAGCUAGCCGAGGUGUCUGGCCACCGCCGGCGUCAAGAACAAAGGCUGCCUGUCCCGGGAGGGGGAGGGGAGGGAGCCGCCCCCAGACCCGCUCCGGGCUCCUUUCCUUCCCCCAACUGCGGCACAAGCUCCCCGGGGAGGGGGCGGGGCCGGCCGGGCUGGGCGCAGACGAGCAUCAGCUCCUCCUCCACCGUCCUCGGCUAGGAUGGCACCCGAGCUUUCCAGGGAGAGCAGGGAUAAGGGUACCCCCAAACUGUCGUCACUGGGGUGGUUCUUCCUUCUUCCCCUGCAUCCCGGGCGCCCCGCCCCCGCGACCGCCUUGGGCGCCCUUCCCAGUCUCUGCAGCGCCCGGCCGCCCCAGACGGCAACCACAGUUCAAAAUCAGAUUAAAAUAAAACGUUAAUCUGCCUUCCUCCCUUUAGCUCCUAGUUCUCCCAACGGACCCAGUCAGGACUGG